AUGAGCGCCUACCGGUACCCUAUCGUCUUUAUGGCCACAGCCGUGGCGACGUCCAUCGUCUCCGUCGUGCUGAUCUUGGUCAUGUUAGUCCCCUACCAGGAGAGAAGCAUCAAUCUCAACGUUGCGAUACCGACAUCGACAUCUAGAUAUGGAUACGGCUACGGUGGCUACGGUGGCUACGGCACUUCGUCUGAUUAUAACACCAAUCCGUAUCUGUACUCGGAUUACUCGGCAAGCGAAAGCACGUACACCACUACACUCGGCAGCGCUUAUGGCAGCGCGUACGUGCAAACCUACACGAACACAAGAUACUACUACACGGCCACGUCCACGUAUGGGCUCGGCCCUAACAAUGCAGCAAGAAGCAUUGCAGCACUUGCCCCUCGGGCGACGAGUCCUGCAAUGGCUGAUGCGCUGAUGGGUCGUCAAGCUACGACAGCCGUCUCUAAUGGCGCGUCGUCCACUUCUGCUUCACCCUCUACCACUCCCACCACAAUCUCAGUCAGGCAAGGUGCGCCAGGUGCAAUCCUCCUGAUCGUCUUUUUGGUCAUCAUUGCUUUCAUCUUCAUCGAGGCGACAGCUCUGGCUGCGUAUAUCGGUCAAAAGAGCGCGCGGCUGAUCAAGCAAGAGCAAGAGGAUAACGAUGAGGGCGUCAGGCAGCCACUAGCUGCCGCAGCUGCUGGAAGUCGAGGUCAGACCCCAGCGGCUACCGAAGGUGAAGGGUCUGCUGCUGAACGUCACUCCUCGGCUGCUAGCCCAGCAGCACCAGAAUUGCAGAAUGCGCAAACCACCACGACUGCUGGCGACACUGCUGAGGCUGCUCGUCAGACGGCCACUCCGCGAUCGCGACGCUACGCUACGGUCAAGCAUGCCAAGUGCCAUUUUGCGUGCUUGCUGCUGCUCGCUAUCGCUUUGCUCGUUCCUCUCGUGUUCAUCAUCGUUACCAUCGUGUACUGGCGAUCCAACAACGACUUUCAAUAUCUCUUCACCUCUGGCGCCGGGUACAAUGCAGGUCUCUACUUCUCCAACGAGUACGACUCGACUUGCAACUCACCUUCGGGCUACGACUCUGGACGCUACAAUGGCAAUGGGGUUCUUGGAUCGACGUCGGACAUAUGCAGCGUCGCGCCUGCCGAUGCACUCCCGAAGAACUUUGCAUACUGGAAUGGACCCCUCGUGGCUAGUCUUGUUGUCGGCAUCAUCCUCUUUGGAUUGACCCUGGCGCUCGCGACCCUCGUGUGCAUGCUGAGAGAUCGCAAGUCUGACCGAGCAGCUCGACAAGCGCAGCAGGCCGCAAUGGCGUCUGCGCAAGCUGCCAGGCCUUUCCAAUGGCAAGGACAUUCGCCACUUUUCGCUUCGCAGAAUCCUCCGCCCGGACCGCCCCUCUUCAUGGCUCAGGUGGACCCUAGGACUGGGCAACCGAUGUGGGGCCCUCGAAGCUACUUUGUCCCGCCGACAUUUGCUCCUCAAGCAUAUGGACCUCAUCCGUCUCAAGCGCCAGCAAGCAUUCCGUUCAAUCAGAACGCUGCCCCGCAGCAGCAAGGCUAUGGUCAAUUACCUCCGACGCCGAGGCAUGAAGGAAUGCCUGGACAAGCUAUGGAGAUGAGAGAUCGAUCUGUGCUGCCGUCCUCGAUGCCCACGGCCAUGCAACCCUCGGGCGGUUAUGGAACGCAACAGCACCAAGAACAAGCUGGACCAAGUGGCUCUCGACGCAGCGAGCAUGAUCAACCAGCGGAAACGUCGCAGCAGUACGAGUCGAGGGUGACGCAGCUUGGCAAAGGCAAAGGAAGAGCUAGACAAGAAAAUCUUGACGAGGCCUCUGCCCCGAGCGGUGCUAGUGCUCAACCGGGCGAACGCGAGACUGGGAGCAGCUCGGAUGCGCACCUGAUGUACCAACAGUCUGCUCAGAGCGAUGCGAAUGGAGUCCGACAUGGCGCCGCACGUGCGCAGGAGUCCCCUCGCUUACCUGGCCUAGACCUGUAG